UCGGGCGGGAGAUCUGCAUUUAUUCUUGAGGAUUCGGGGUGACAAAGGCCCAGACCCGACGUCAGGAGAACGCACCCCUGUGGGUCUGUUCUGAGAUGGCUCUGGGAGCCCAGUGGAGAGAUGCCAGAGGUGGCUCUGCAGAGGUGGUGACCCUAAGAGGCUUGGUUCCCAGGCUUUUUACUGUUGUGAGGAAACACCUGGCCUGAACAACCAAGGUCUGGGAGCCUGGUGUUUGGGGCUGGGCCUUGCCUGACCCUGGCUCUGUCUGCUCAGCCCUGGCGCUGGGUGAGCCGUGCUGUCGCCCAUGCACCCCAGCACGCGCUGAGGACCUGACCUCCGCAGCCCCAUCCUACCCGGCGGCACUGAGGGCGCGGCGGGGCCGCGGGGGGUCGGGGUGGUGGGGUCCCGGAGCAGCGGUUCAGCGGGGGCGGCGGGGCGGGGCAGGUCUUGUUAGGGCGCCCGGCCGAGCCCUGUGCGGAGGAGGAGCCCGGGAAGGAUUCGCCUUCGGUUUCAGCUCAGCUCUCCUUCCUCUUCCUCCCGCGCAGAAAGCAAAGGCGGAAGGGGGCCGCGCUGGCUUCUCGAGGUUAUUUCACUAAAAUACCAUCGGCGUGGCGCCUCCUCUCCUCACACUUCUGCUUCUCUGGGAGCGCGCAAAGCUUCGGUGGCUGGGGUGGGAGGGGCCAGAGGCCAGCGGUCCCCAGGCCGAGGACCGGGGCCGCUGAACCCGGGUGGCAGGAGAGCCCAAAGGUGCCAUCCCUGCUGGGCCCCGUGAGCCCUGCCGCUGAGGCCCUGAUCCUCACCCACCGCGGGACCACCAGGAUGAGCAAACUGCCCGGGGAGCUGGCCCGCGACCUGGAGCGCAGCCUGCCGGCCGUGGCGUCCCUGGGCACGUCGCUGUCCCACAGCCAGAGCCUCUGCUCACACCUCCUCCCAGCACCCCCAGAGAAGGCCCGGGCCAUCUCCGACGUCCGCCGCACCUUCUGCCUCUUCGUCACCUUCGACCUGCUGUUCAUCUCGCUGCUCUGGAUCAUUGAGCUCAAUACCAACACGGGCAUCCGCAGGAACCUGGAACAGGAGAUCAUCCACUACCGCUUUAAAACCUCCUUCUUCGACAUCUUUGUCCUGGCCUUCUUCCGCUUCUCCGGGCUGCUGCUGGGCUAUGCAGUGCUGAGGCUGCGGCACUGGUGUGUGAUCGCGGUCACCACGCUGGUGUCCAGCGCAUUCCUCAUUGUCAAGGUCAUCCUCUCUGAGCUGCUCAGCAAAGGGGCCUUCGGAUACCUGCUCCCCAUCGUGUCCUUUGUCCUUGCGUGGGUGGAGACCUGGUUCCUGGACUUCAAAGUCCUGCCCCAGGAGGCGGAGGAGGAGCGAUGGUACCGGGCAGCCCAGGCUGCUGUGGCCCGAGGACCUCCCCUGUUCCCCGGGGUGCUCUCCGAGGGCCAGUUCUACUCGCCCCCAGAAUCCUUUGCAGGGUCUGACAAUGAAUCAGACGAGGAAGUCACAGGGAAAAGAAGUUUCUCUGCCCAGGAGCGGGAGUACAUCCACCAGGGCAGGGAGGCCACCGCUGUGGUGGACCAGAUCUUGGCCCAGGAAGAGAACUGGAAGUUUGAGAAGAAUAACGAGUACGGAGACACCGUGUACACCAUUGAGGUCCCCUAUCACGGCAAGACCUUCAUCCUGAAGACCUUCCUGCCCUGCCCGGCCGAGCUGGUGUACCAGGAAGUCAUCCUACAGCCCGAGCGGAUGGCACUGUGGAACAGGACAGUGACCGCCUGCCAGAUCCUGCAGCGGGUGGAAGACAACACCCUGGUGUCCUACGACGUGUCGGCCGGCGCUGCGGGCGGCGUGGUCUCCCCCAGGGACUUCGUGAACGUCCGGCGCAUCGAGCGGCGCAGAGACCGGUACCUGUCCGCGGGCAUCGCCACCACGCACUGCGCCAAGCCGCCGACGCCCAGAUACGUCAGAGGGGAGAACGGGCCUGGGGGCUUCAUCGUGCUCAGGUCGGCCAGUAACCCCCGCGUCUGCACCUUCAUCUGGAUCCUCAACACGGACCUCAAGGGCCGCCUGCCGCGGUACCUCAUCCACCAGAGCCUGGCGGCCACCAUGUUCGAGUUCGCCUUGCACCUGCGGCAGCGCAUCGGAGAGCUGGGGGCCGGCGUGUGACCACCCUGCGGCCAGGCUCUCCCGGAGCCCCGGAGGGGACCGGCCCUGACUGUGGGCAGCACCUUGGCCUCUGCUGCUGCCCUCCGCCCCUGGAGCCACACUGCCAGGCGGGGGCCAGGGCUCAGGAGGAAGCGGGGUCCAUCCUGACGCCACACUGUGUCCCCACGGCUGGAGGAGGAAGCUGCCAUCCCCACCUUGCCAGGGGCAGGGCCGGAGGAGCCGCGGAGAUCUGGAUACCAAGGCCAGACCCGGCCCAGGACGGGGCAGCUGGUCCCUCGGGCUGCGGUGGGACGGCCCCGUGUCUGCGUGCUGUCUCACGCUGGCUUUUUUAGUCACCCCCUGGGUCUUGAACCUUGGACCUUUCGCACUGUGGGGGCGCAGGGGAGGGGGGGACAGCAACUCUGCCACUCCCAGGGCCUCCUGGGGACCUUUGUAAUGUGAGCCAAUUAAAGACAUGAACUCAAAAGGAAAA